CUAUGAUUGGACGAGCUUGCGCGAUUAAUGUUCAAUCACUUUUUUGAUUUUAUGAGUUGACUUUUGACUUUUUAGGAAUUAAUCUUGUAAAGUAUUUUUACUAUUUUUAUUUAAUAAUUAAAUCCUGUAACACAAAGACUGAGAAAAUGCCUGUAAGGAGAGCUCUACAUGCAGGAAGUUGGUACACUGAUUCAGGAGCUGAAUUAACCAGGCAGUUGGAUUAUUGGUUAAAUCAAGCUGAUUUGAGUCAUGGACCAGCCAGGGCAAUAAUUGCUCCGCAUGCUGGAUAUCAGUAUUGUGGUGCCUGUGGGGGCCAUGCUUACAGACAAAUAAGUCCAGUUGUUGUGGGCCGAAUUUUUAUUUUGGGACCUUCUCACCAUGUUCGCCUGUCUGGUUGUGCCUUGUCUAGCGCGCAAAAAUAUAAAACACCACUGUAUGAUCUUCACAUAGACUCGCAAAUCAAUGGUGAAUUAGAAAUGACUGGUCAGUUCGAGUGGAUGGAUUUAGAUACUGAUGAAAAUGAACACAGUAUUGAAAUGCAGCUACCCUAUAUAGCUAAAGUAAUGGAAAGUUACAAAAACCAAUUCACUAUUGUUCCUAUCCUUGUGGGGUCUCUCAGUCCAGAAAAAGAAGCAUGUUAUGGGAGGAUAUUGUCCAGUUAUUUAGCAGAUCCCAAAAAUCUCUUUGUUAUUUCUUCUGAUUUCUGCCAUUGGGGACACAGAUUUAGGUAUACCUAUUAUGACCGAUCCUAUGGUAAUAUCUAUCAGUCAAUUGAAGGAUUGGACAGAGUGGGAAUGAGUAUUAUUGAAAAUCUGAACCCAACCGAAUUUACAAAUUAUUUAAAAAAAUACGGAAAUACAAUUUGUGGAAGACAUCCUAUAGGAAUACUUUUACAGGCAAUACAAGAAUUACUCAGGAAUGACAGUAGUCAAAACGCUAGUCUAAAAUUUUUGAAAUAUGCCCAGUCUAGCCAGUGUCGCAAUAUGAACGAUUCUUCCGUAAGUUACGCUUCAGCAGCUUUAGUGAUAGAUUAGUACAAAUGUGGCCUUACAAUGACUAUUUUCAAAUUGCCAUCUUUAGGCUUAUUUCUCCUAGGUUCGGUAGUUUUUCUGAAUAAGUGCCAGUUACUUUUCAUUCAUUUAAACUACUUAUCUUUAUUUUUAUAUACAUAUUAUAUAUACUUAAAUAAUUUUUACCAACAGAUAAUUAUGCAGAUUUGAUUUGUUUGUUAUACAAUGGAAUUUUGAAAUAUGGAACUUUAAUAUUUCUUAAACAUGGUAAUAAUUUACAUUAUUUACAAUAAUUUCUUGUGAAAUUGUUGAGUGUUAUAUUUAUAUUGUUGGUUAUUGUAGAAUAUCAUCUAGGAAAUAGUAUUUUUUGAUAUCAAAUCAGACAGAUGGUUUUCUAUUUUUAGAAAAUGCUUAAUUGAUACAAAAACUACUCCAAUUGUUGGUUUUUUUUAGCAGAAUAUUUAAGAAAUAUGGCCUAUAUACCUACAUUAUUUGUUCCAUAUUUCAGAUUUCAUACAUGGUGACCGCUUUCACAUAAAAUCAAAACUCAUUCCCUUACAAUCAUUUUUAUUAUUUCAUAUGAAAUACAUAUAGGUAAGACAGAGUUUCGUACAGUGGUGACUCACGUUAACUUUACAGGUAGUUAUAAAUAAUCGAAUGAUAUUCGGAAUCUCUCCUUUGUAGUUAAAACGAUAUUGAAAAAUAAAAUAGAGAUCCAGAAAAAGUUGUGAAAAUGUGAUCUGAAGAAAAGGCGGUUCACCUUGUUCACAGAACAAAAUAUAGAAUAUACAAUUUUUUGGAUACAUCCUUUUUCAUCAAAUAUAUUUAUUAUUUUAUGGCUUUCUUUAUACUUAGAAACAUCCAUUUUAUUUUAGCUUUUACAGUUUUAUUUUUAUUUUAUCUCUAUUUUAAGAUGAAAGAGGAUGCAUCUUCUAUACAAUUUUUUUAUUUUUAUGUAUAUAUCUUAUUUUGGAAAUAUGUGUUUCUGUAAUUAUUUAAUUUUUCUGUAGAACAAAAUACAAAGAAAUAUUUUUACUUUUUAGUCUCUUACAAUGAGAUGUUCACUUGUAUAUUUUUACUACAGAUUUUGCUUAAAACAUCUCUUAUAAAAAUAUAAAUAAAAAGUGGUCUACAGUCUCCCUUAGAAACGUGCAAUGCUUAAGUUUGCACGUUAUUUUAAUUUUUUUAUAAAUCUGUUUUAAAUGCAUUUUUUUAACCUAUAAAAAAGUGGGAAAUUGUUUUAAGAAAACUAUUAUGUUAGAUAUAAAAUGAAUGCCCAUUUUUUAUUUUAAUCAAAUUGCUAAUGAUUAUGAUGAAACGUUUUAUUUUACUGAGUUUGCCUUUUGGUGUUUUUCAUAGUAAUAAUAGCAUUAGCUGGUACUAUUUGAAGACAAACUUCAAUAUAUUUUGUAUGUAUUACAAUACUAUUGAUAUUGAUCUAUGAAAUGCAAGCAUUUCAGAACAUGGUACAUAAAUAGGUUUUUCUAUUAUUAAUUAUGGAAUUAUACCUACUCAGACAAAAUUAGCUCCUGAAUGGUAUAUAAAGAUCCUCUGUUUAUGAAAACUUACUAUCGCGUGUUUCUUACAACAAUUUUACGAAAACUAGAAUUUAAAUAUGAACUGUGUUAAUUAUUUUGGGCAAUCGGGUAACAGAGCUGGAUCCAAAUAACUAAUAUUUUUUUAUACAACGCUAAUAGGGAGAUUAUUCAUCAAAUUCUAUAGCAAACGCAUUUUUUCUUAUUUUUCCUUAUUUAAAUUCUAGUUUUCCUAAAAUUGCUGAUAGAAUUCAAAAAAUAUUAUUUUUGUAAAACUCUCUCUAACAGUUUAUUAAUAUUCUGGACCUCUGUUUAAAAUAUAUUGUGGCCUGCGUUACAGAAAAAUUACUGUAAAUUUUUCAUCAAUAAUAUUUUACAUUAGAGACGAUUUAUCAUUAUUUUUUAUAAAUUCAGGAGCUAGUACAUUAUUUUAAUCACACAACAAAUAUGUUUUUAGAGAGACUUAAGGUGCGCUAGUAGAUUGUAAGAAUUUUUAAUGUGAAAAAUAAAAAAACUAAGUUUCAAAAUUUGUCAAUAGUUUUAUGUACAAUCUUUUAAUAUUACAUUUAUUAUGUGAUACUUUUCAGAUUAUGCUUAAAACAUUGAACCUUUCGAAAAUGUAGGAUAGAGUCUAAAAAGUUUACUAUGUGACAACACACUUAAUAGUUUCAAAAUAUAUUUUAAUCCAAAGGCAAUUGCUCCGGCGGUGAGACAAUAAAAAUGUACUAAAUAUACUAUUAUUUUAUAACGGACUAAACUAUAGAAAUUAACGGUUUUUUUUUAAAUAUCUAAGUAGCGUCAUUGGGCAGUGUUUCCAUGUUUGCCGGAGCAAUUAUACUCAUCAGGGUGCAACAUAAUUGAGUGUAAUUAUUUGAAGGCCGAAACAGACCAAAAAUUCCUAACCAAAUUUUGCAUAUCUUUCAUAAACCGUUUACUUUUUUAAAUAGAGUCUUUAUAUUUGAAUAUUUUGUUCAUAUUAAUCAGUACUUUCACCUUGCACUGAAUUAUGUUAAGUCCUGCAUAUGGGUUGUGUAUUUUAUUUUAAAUGUUGAUGAAAAUUUUUUGAAUGCAUUAGGAACUUAAGUUAUUAAUUUAGAUGAUAAUUAUAAUAUACUUAAUAAUAUUAUUUAUCUCAUAUAAUUAAUCAAUACUUUGUUAAUAAGUGACGCAUUUAUGUUCUUAAAAACUCAGCCUAUUUAGUGAAGAUAAUUGGUUAUUUGUGUCAGUUACAUACUAGUUAGAAAAGUAUGUUUCACUAAUGUAUAGAUACUACUAAACUGCCAUUGUGGAAGCAUCAGUGGUUUUAUUACCAGUAAUAUUAAGAAUUAAAAUUUCAGUUUUUAAUACUCCAUGUUAAAAUUACUAGAAGAGAUCCGAUAUUAAUAAAUUAAUUGUCAAGGGUAUAAUCAUCAAUAACUUUAUUAUGUAUAUUUUCUUUAACACAUCCGGAGAUCCACAUCAACAGCUCGUUCUACAGUAUUCUAUGACAGUUUAUAAACAGUAAUUGAAAAUCACACUGAACUAGUUGAUUUUAGAUUUUGGAACUAGUUCUUUUGGUUUAUUGGAUGAACUAGUUCGUUCUCUAGUUUAAUAGUGCUAAAAUUUCCAAUAAAAAGUGGCUAGGAUAAAAAUGAAUACAGAAAUAUCCAAUAUCUGUUUAACGAUUAUAUUCACUAAAUUCUCAAAACACAGCCUUAAGCACUCAUCUUACUCGCGCUUUAGACUUUAAGUAAAUUGAUUUAUUGUUAUUUUUUUAACCCAUUAUUGACAGCUGUUUUUUAUACUUCAUCAUACCUGUUUACUUAUGGUACGUUACUUAGUUUGUAGUUUUGAUGGAUUAUUGUGAAAAAUAUCAGGACAUUUCUAUUAUAAUAGGCCUACAUCUUUGUAGACCAAAGACUGUAAAUUUGUAAUAUACGAGAUUUAUACGCCUUUGAAACAAAUGUUUUUUUAUUCCAUAGCAAUAAAGGUAUUUAAUAAUUA